CGCGCCGAAGCGGUGUGCAGAUGUGUCGCAGAUUUUGUAAAGUCACUGGACUCACACACACACAUACAUACUCACACACACACACAUACUCACACAGCACGAGAAAGUGGCUCCGCUUUAACUGACAGAACAACGACUCGUCUGAGGAAGAGCAACCGGGAGGGUGAGGACUAAACCCGGGGGAAGCGGCAUCAUAGCCCGGUGAGCGUCAGCGGAGUUGGUGCCGGAGGAGGACGGUACUCUCGCGGCGGAGACCCGGCGGUGCUCAGUGAUGGAGCUGUCAGCGAUCGGAGAGCAAGUGUUCGCUGUGGAAUCGAUCGUAAAGAAGAGGGUGAGAAAGGGGAAUGUGGAGUAUCUGUUGAAGUGGAAAGGAUGGCCUCCAAAAUACAGUACAUGGGAACCUGAGGAACAUAUUCUGGACCAGCGCUUGGUGCAGGCCUAUGAAGAGAAAGAGCAGAGAGACAGAGCUCUGUGUCACAGGAGGAAAGGAUCAAAGGCCAAAAGACUUGAUCUGCAGAGCACCAUCUACACCAUGGACCUCCGCAGCGCUCACAAGAUCCCUGAGAAAGCUCCGCCUCGCCUGCGGCUCUCGCUGACGCGCUCGCUGGUCCCGGAGGACGUGGAUGAUCCGUACGGUGCCUGCAGACUCAAUUGCAAACCCGGGAGUUCUGAGUUCAGGAGCUUGGACUCAAACCCUCCGAGUCCAACACAAGAGGACUGGGAAGGCCUGGGAGAAGAAGACGAGGAGGAGGAGGAGGAGGAAGAGGAGGAUGCAGAAGAUGAGGAGGAUAGGGAAGAGGACGCGGCUCAGAGGGAGACGACAGAAAGCAUUCUUCAUGGACAAGAGAGGACGGACCGCUGGAGCUCCGACAUCGCACCGGACGAGGUCAUCGCUGUAUCUGAGAAGCCGGACAACCUCUGGAGGCCCGUCAACAGACCGGGAGAGGUGACGGUCACGGACGUAACCCUCAACUCCCUCACAGUGACUUUCCGCGAGUCGAGGGUGGCCAAAGGCUUCUUCAGACACUGGAGCCUGGAGGUCUGAAAUGUGACGAAGUGGCUUGUCAGGGUGUAAAUGGUUGAGGAACCAAGUUGGUGUUUUCAUUCCCUCUCUGCAGCCUCUCGCUCCCCCCAUUGCCAGCUGAGUCUGGUCAGUGGUACGUUUACAUGCACAGAGUCAUCUGGGUGUAAGCAGAACUUCAGGUGUUGGUUACCUGGAGGUUAUAUAUAGCUCAUUAGAGCAGAGAUCCAACAGAAGCAUCGAGUGAAGAGGCAACAUUAUAUCACCACACUAAAAAGAUGGAUACUUCUGUUGUUUUGGCCUGUUAAUGUCCACCGAAGAAAAAUGUGGGACCCAGGCACCGGAGGACCAAAUGUGAGCCAGAUCUGGCUCAUACGUCAAUUUUGGAGGUGCAGACUUAAGGAGCCAGUUUCAAUUAGCAGGAGUCAGUCCAGUCUGUAAAUCAGAGGAACAAUUUCAAACCAUAGGCCGGAACCUGCAUCACCCACCUGCAUGCUAGUGGUUAAAAAGCCCACAGGGUGCCUUUAAAGCAGUUCAGAGCACGGACCUUAAGCACGACAUGUUCAUAUUAUCCCACACUUUUAUUUUGAAAAAAAGUUUGCCUAUAUUCAGAGCUUUCUUCUAUAAACUUUCAAAAGUUUGUAGAAAAGUUUAAAAGUAUAAAAACACAAAAGCAGCACAAAAUUGGAGAGAAGAACAAGCUCCAUUGUAUUGCACUUAAAGCUAGGCUUGGUAAUGCUGGAAAAGCUAGGAAGUGCCGGCUACACUUUGCCCACCCCCUCCCAUCGGUAGGUCCAGGCCGAAGACUCCGGUACUGGCUAUUGGGACUAUAUCUCAGUAACAAAUUACCAACCCUACCCUUAAGUUCACUAUACAGUACAUAUAGGUACCCUCUGAACGUGAGUACCGAAUACAGACACAGAGUGAAGAUACUUUUAUUCAGGGUGUGAGGAGAGGAAACAAAAGAAGAGUCCUCUGUGCAUGUAAACACAGCCGCUAAGGUUCAGUGCUGGACUCAAACAUUCUGUACAAACUUUAAACUACAGUGAGGUGGACACAGCUGUAAGUCCCAUACUGACAUGCAGCCCUGUGCCUGUAACCCUCAAACAAAGACCGUUACCUCUAUACAAACCCCCUCUUAUAGAAGUCGUCCAGUUCUGUCAGUGCUAAGAUGGUGUCGUUUAUCCGUACACCUCGCUCCUCAUCGCAAAAUAUACAAAUCGCCAUAAAAGUGAUCACUCUGUCUUGUACCAAAAGUAGACUGAUAAUAUCUAGACUUGAUAAUAUAAUAAAAUAAGAAAUUGCACUGUAUUCACAUUACAUUGUAAGGGCGUGUUUGUAGAGUUUACCCUUUUAAAGGUGAAUAUCAGUUUCAGUAUUUCAUUCUAAAGUCACCAAUUCCUGAUCAGUUGUGACAAUAUUCAAAACAAUGUCCAAAAAAAAUCAAAGAUUCAGUGUUUACCUCAAAUUAUUGAUAAGCCUCAUUCAGACUAAAAUACAAGUCAACUCCAAAACAGUUCUGUUAGCUGUUGUACUAGCAAUCACACAUAGUUACAUUACAGACAACUAUUUUAUUAAACUAUGAAUAUUCAUUUGACACCUUUAGGAAAGCAAGUUCAUUCAUGAGCUUAAAAACAGCAGCUGACAAAACAGUUUCUGGAGCUUUCGAUCAUCAAUAUACAGAGUUUCCAAAAUUGAAGUGGAAUUGUAAUUUUGCAAUAUCUUUUUUUAUUUCCAGCUUAAAAUUUCUAAAUUCAUCCUGGAGCCUGAAAACAGAAGCUGACAAAACAGGUCAUAAUGAAAUGGGAAAAAGAUUUAGAUAUCCCCAAUAAUAAUAGAAAACCUAUAUAUUUCUAGGAAAUCCCUGAAUAAAUGUAGAAUUCAAAAAUAAAAAUAAAAGCCCCACACUGAGGCCAGAAUAUCGUUGUAACGCUGCUGGCGUCCUGCCCACUGGACACAGGAGCUGAUGUGAUGAGUCAUGUCUGUGGAAUCUCCCACAGUGGCCUCUCAUUGGUCCACAGGCUGUUUGUCCCACACCGAGCAUGAUGGGUCAGCGUCUCGUGAUCCCAGAGCUGCGUCCGUGUGAUAGUGAAGCUGCAGGGAAUGGAAGUGCCUGAUGCUCCGUAGCAUUGUUGUUGUUUUGUCUGUAGAGCUUUUAGGGCUGACGUCUCUCGCUCCCUCUCUCUUUUAUAUACACAAAUUAUAGACUGUAUAUAAAGAAGAACGUCUCUCUACUUCCUCCCAUGAUCCAGAAAUGAAGCCAAAAUAUCGAGGAUAUGAACGCUGCCAUCUUGCACAUUUGGAGCCAGAGACAUUACCACGUUUUUGAACUUCCUACAAUGACAAAAAACAUCUUUGAGAAAAGUUGAUCUGACUUUGGUCCGACUCUCUUUCACUAACAUGGAGGAGGCGGGGUUUAUGCAGCCAGCCAUCAGGGGGUGAUCGAGAUACUUUGGCUUCACCUUUGGGAAGCAAUCAUGUUGACCAUCUUUAUAUACAGUCUAUGAUAUUAACACACAGUUAAAGCUUGUUUAGUCUCUGUAUGUCAGAAUGACGAUCCUUGACAAGACUUGCGGAGUAGACGUUUAAAAAAAAGAUGAAGGGGCCACAGGGAGAAAACAUGAAUUUUGUAGUCCUUAUUUUUCUACAUUGACCUGAAUGUAUAUUUAUUCUUUACAGAUACCUGUGUGUUUGUCACACAGAUGAUGGAAUAGUUUUUAUACAGUUUGUGAUAACCACUGAGCUAGACGCCAUAUCUAAACGUGAUAAAACAAGCGCCCUGGAUUUGACGUCGUCUACCCGUGGUCGCUUGUGCUGCUUUCGUCCACCACCGAGCGAAGAACCCUGCACUUUAUCGUGACAUUACCUGCUCCAGUCUACUAAGUGUCACUGUGUAUAGAAUAUUUCUAUGGUAAUUGUAAAAAUAAAUGUUGCUAAUGUU